AUGCCGAUGAAAAUCGGGGGUCUAGUGGUCUCCUUGCUUUUAUUGACGCGAACAGCUAAUGCUGUUCGUGGCUGUACUGUAAUCGCCAUUCAGCCGGAUCUGCACUGGAAAAAAGCUGUUUGUGAUUCUGAUACUUCACUUUUGACAAAAUUACCCGCGGAUUUGCCUAAUUUACUCAUAAAUCUGCGCGUGACCCAGCAAUUAAUCAGACGCUUGGAUGAUAGGGAAUUACAAAGACUCGUAUAUCUUGAGGAAUUUUACCUGGAUUCAUGUCAGCUGGAACAUGUACAUUCAGAUGUAUUUGAAGGCUUGAAUCGUCUUCGGAUUUUGAGUUUGCGCAACAAUUCCCUUCGACUGGAUGAAAGCGGCCUACUCCCGGCAACAUUCUAUCAUUUACCCGCACUCGAAAUUUUGGAUCUAUCAGAGAAUCCUCUAGGACGAAUUCCCCCCAACUUUUUUCCCAGUUCUUUAGGCAAAUCCCUUUUUGAACUUCGGCUAAGUCAUGUAAAGGACGAAUUUCCAUUAAGCUUAGAAGCGUCUACUUUUGCUGUUCUGCGUAAUCUUCAAAUAUUGGAUUUGUCCUUCUGCAGAUUAGAGACACUUUCUAGUGAUUUCCGACCCGUUUUCCAUCGAAUGGAAAGACUUCGAGAGCUCCAACUUGGUGGCAAUCCUUGGCACUGUGAUUGCAAUCUUCGAUGGCUUCGAGAAUGGUAUCUCUCCGAUACUCUUCCGUCAAUGCAACUUUCCUACGAUCAAAAGACAAAAUUCGGAACAACUAAUACUAUUACCCCUACCUGCAAAUCCCCCUACGUUGUAAAGCGGCGUUUAAUUUUCAGCCCUUCUGGGAGGGGUGCCAUUGAGCCGGAGGAAUUCAUUUGCAAGCAGUGGAUCGACACCAAGCAGAAGCAGAUUUCCGCUGUUCUCGGAUCUAACCUUUCUCUUUCGUGUCAAGGUUACUUUGAAGUUAGGAAGAACGUUCAAUGGUUCAAAGACCAUUUACCACUGGUGACUCCUUCCCCCAAUUACGUCAUCUCGCAGUCCAUUUCUCUGGAUUUCAUAGCGUAUUUAAAUAUCACCCGGGUAAGAUACGAGGAUGGGGGGAUAUGGGAAUGUGGUCUAGAUGAUGGCGGUAUCUUACAAAAAGCUUCCAUCAAUGUGACUGUCCAGCAGAUUUCUGUAUCUGGAGUCGCUUCAGGAAUGGAUGAGGCCCAGAGGCAGAUUCUUGUAUACGUGGCGAUAGGUAUUGCAAUCGUAUUUGUCCUCCUUGCUGCCAUUACACUUACUGUUUUCUGUUAUUGGGGUAGACUUGGAUCGAAAAAACUAUCAGCUAUCUCAAGUUGUGCUACGCCACUGCAGAAGAACAGUACCCACAGUAUGGGCAUGUCGAAUUCAGGUGAGGAUGCUCGAGAACUGAUAGGCACUCGUGUCGCCAACGAUCCACCAGAUUCACCCGUCCCAAUAAAAAAUCCAUCGACUACCGGCAGUAACUCCAGGGCGGUGGAUGGCAUUAAUGCUAAAACGGCUGAGAAAAACCACUUAAUAUCAACAAAGCUAGUCACUACGAAAUAUAUUGUGCCCACCAGUUUGGCGACUAACACUACCUUCUGCGUUUCAUCUCCCAAAUUAGUCUCUUUAACAACUGCCACAACGACAACUGCGGCUCUGACACGACCAGUUUCUUCGACUCCAAAUAAGCAAUCAAUGUCUUCUCACUCCACCGCGUUAGUUGCCACCGAAUUCCCGAGUACUUCCAACAUCUCAACGAAUGCUAAUUGUACUGAUUUGUGCUAUCAGCCAAUUUCGGAGGGUUACGGUGCCGUAUCACUUCCUAGCCGCUUAUUUGAUCAAAUAACAGACGCAGCAAGUAGUGCCACCAUUCCAUCGGCCAACAACCCAUUUUUAGUUUCUGGACCGUGUCCUAUUCAUGGGGUCAAUACGAGAUUGCAAAAUAAUUCAAAUGAACAAAUGGUACGAACAUCAAUUUUCGAUGCAUGUCCAAUUCACGGCAGUCCCGUGAGCGUUGCUUCACGAAACAUUACUAGGAGAACUGCUUCCUCAUUCACGCAGACGCCCCGACAUAUUGCUAAAUCGAAGUCCGCUACCUCUCUUCGUGCCGUCAGAAAUAGGACUGACACAUCUAGUUACCAUACGGGACCUGCCCCUCGCAUCCAAAGAAAGUCACUUGGAUCCCAUCAGAGCAGUAGUCCAACACAGGUUCAAUACCGCACGCUUCCAUCAAGAAUAAGUAGAAAUGCAACACCCUUUUGUCCAAUUCACGGACUGUUGAUGCCUUCUUUACUGAAUAGGAGAAGUAGCUCAAUGAGUUUUGAUCACCGAAAUCAAUUUUCACUGAGAAGUCGUAGAACACGGAGCAUAACGCUUGAUGUUCCUUACUGCAGUAGCUGCGCUUCCACAACAUCGUCUGACGAUGAGGCAGUGGUGGGCGCAGAUUUUGAGGAAUAUUCGUUCGAUCUCACGGAAAGUCCAGCCGUUGAAUGUACUGAAUCAGGAUCAUCAGAUUAUGCGGUAAAUUCUCGAUCGAGCUUUAGAAAGACUAGCCCGACUAUACCGCUAAACAGAACCCGAUUUGUCGAAGGGCGAAAAUGUAAAGACAGCUCCGCUUCAAGUCAGGAAGGGACAGCUGAGACUACACCGGCUUCGGUAUUUUCUGAUGAUUUGACCAACGACAACAAUCUCUCAUUCAACUCUGAUAAUCAAAUUCAGCAACAUCGACCCUCUUUAAUUGCCCAGACAAUUUUGGGUGAACCACUUAUGAUAACUGCUAGAGAUAGUGGAGGAACGAAUAAUGCAGUACUGCAACGAAAUCUAUCCAUUUACAAAAGGUCAGGGGAAUGUCUUCCAAAACAGCUGGGCAGUAUCCGUGCACCACAAAAAAUCGUUGAACUGCAUCAUCACCAUUCCAAACAAAAGGAGAUAAUUCCCUCCUCCAGUUCUUCCAAUCUGAUGAUCCCAAAGUCAAUUCUUGUAAAAAGCUCACUGCACCGAAAGCACAGGAAAAGAUCCUUUGAAAUCGAUUACUGA